AUGGGACCCGCCCAAAUGAUGAGUAGCAGCAGUAACAACAACACUUCGACCGCCACGCCGUUCCUCUGUUCGUUAUGUCCGACCUCCAAGUCCUUCACCCGGAAGGCCCAUCUUGAACGCCACAUCCGAACGCAUCACUCCGUCGGCAGCCCGCUCAACUGUCACUUCUGCUCCAAGGAGUUCCGUCGAAGCGACCUGCUCAAAGAACACCAUAUCCGUUGUGAAUUCCGUGGCGACCGUCCUAUUCCCGUCGGAAUCGUCGGCCGUAAACGUCGUGCCUGCGACCGUUGUUCUCAGCGGAAGAUUUCGUGUACUGGUCAAAUUCCUUGCGACCGCUGCAUCACUGCUGGUGUUGUCUGCGAAAAGACCUCUCCUCCUGCUGGUGGUAUUAGUGUGAUUGGUGGUAGUGGUAAUAGUAAUGGUGGUGGUAGCGGCAUCGACACUUCUCAGCAGCAAUUAUCCCUCUCGUGGCAAACUACUCUCACGACAUCCAGCACUGGCACGGCUGGAAGUCAAGGAACACCCCGUGGAUCCGAACUCGACAGCUCUGUUCCAGAGGAAGAAAGCGAUGAUGAGGCCGAAAACAUCGACGAUGACGGCAAUGGAUCGGAUCCACCUGACCUCCGAGGAUCGAUUGAGUACCUCUUGAAUGGACAGUCGCAAGGAAGCCUUGGCUUCGUCCAGGUCUUUCCUCUCUCUGCUACUCCUGAUGAAGAAGAUUCCGAUAGCCCUAUAACUAAUGGUAUAUCGGUUCCGACUACCGCAACUGCAAUUCCAAUCACUAUAUCAUCCGUUCCACAGCCAACACCCUUCGACAUGGACUUCAGCCUCAAUUACGACGCUAGUAUACUCCCAGACAUCGAUCUAAACAUGUUGUUUGGCGAGAUGGGUUAUUUAAUGAACAUAGGUCUUGAACCAAACGCGCUUUGGGACCCUCAUUUAUUCUCUGAACACUCUUCCCCGGCUACGACAACUGACUUGGACGUUUAUGAUGCCCACGCCUCAUUCCUUCGCCCUGAACUCUUCAAAGUCGUACAAUCCUUCCAACUUCCCGAGGGUUCACCGGAAUAUAGACGUGCAGUUGAGACAGUAGAAUCCGUAACAGGGGACUUAUUACAAAGAUUUACAAACUCUUUUUUUCGACAUUGGCACAAACAUGGUCCGAUUAUACAUAUACCGAGCUAUUCGCCCAGCACAUGUGCUACGGUUUUGAUACUGGCGAUGUGUUGUAUUGGGGGUUUAUACGUCAAGGAUGCAGGGGAAAUAAGACGGUGUAGAGGGCUGCUAGAUAUCGCAGAAGUAUAUAUAUUUGGAAGAGACUACUUAAAAAACGAGUAUGAGUUUUGUGCAUAUAGCACCGGGAAUAGCCCUGGAAAGACAUAUAAAGAUGUUGAUUGGGAAGAUUUUGAAAAGUUGCAGGCAGCAUACCUGAUGAUUGUGGUACAGACAUGGGCGGGGCAUAAGAUUGCAAAGCGGCGGAUACGGCAACAGCGGUUUGCACGAGUGCUCGAGUUAGCACGGCAACUCAGACUUCCGUCCGCUCAUCAUACCCAUCCACCAGCUUCUCCAGCCGACUUUCGGGCCUGGGUCCGCACCGAAACGGCUAUUCGUUUACAGAACAUCAUGUUGACUAUGGACUGCGCGUUUGUGAUUUUUAAUAAUUGCACACCACGGAUUUCUGGCACGGAAAUAGAACAACUAGACCUUCCCUGCGCUUCCGCAAGUUUUUCGGCAGCAUCAUUCGCACAGUUGAUGGCGAUACCUAGCCCGCCAGUUAGGGGCGUUAAGGUCAUGAAGACCUUGAGGAUGAGUUUUGUGACACCUUGGCCGACAAUGCCAGUUUUGACGACAAUGGAUUUAUUUGUUACAGUCCACGUCCUCUACGUUCUUCUAACCCUUGAUCUUUCCUCACAAAUAACUCCAACACCCACAUCACUCGCCGCAAUGCGACAAGGAAUAGAUUUCUGGAUAAAAUCCUGGAACGCAGCACGCCAUCGAUACCAAGAAAGCGAUUGGAAAUCAUUAGGAUUGGAAAGAACAAGCGAUAGAUAUUGGGUUCUCGUUAAAGCAGUAUUUUUGGCGUUUGAGAAGGAUAUCAAAGAAGGAAGACGGAGGGGUUUAUGUGCGAGAAGUGAUAUCGAUGAGAGUGGACAACAUUUGAAGGAGUUUUUGGCGAAACGGAAGUAG